ACCUAUGUAACCAGCCUGCAUAUCCUGCACAUGUACCCCUGAACUUAAAAUAUAAAUUAAAAAAAAUACUUUGGACUUCCAUAAAAUUUGUUUAACUGGUUAUUCAUUUUUCCUUCUACAGAAUUACUUUAAACAGUGUUUACUGAUGGUGGUGUAUUGACCAUUAAAUGCAUGCACAUACACAGACCCUAAAGCCUCUAGUUUCCUUCCACUGUGCCCUAAUUAAAACAAAACAUACCACUAACUGUGUUUCUACCUGUAGUGAGUACCCCUCUCUGCUACAUUUAAGAGCAUAAUACACUACACUCUUGUUCAGAGUCUCUGUCUUCACUUCUUGCCUCCAACUGUGUCUUGAAUGCGUCAGAUGAAACUUUCAUAUCCACCAUUCCACUGAUAACUUUAUUUUUCAGAGUCACCAGUGACCUCCCCAUUUCUAAAUCCAAUGUAUUUCAUUUCCUGCUUUACUCUUUCUUUUCCGGUCAGGAGCUAUUUGAUUUUCUUGUCACCUCCCUGACCAUUUCACACUUCUCUCUGCUGCUGUGUCCUGACUCCACAUUGUUUCUCAAUGUGGGAAUGGCUCAUGGCUUAGUCCUUGAACCUCUUCUUGUUUCUCUCCACACCCACUGUCUUUCCUCAUCAUCUCAUCUUAUGAAUUUCAACACCACUGUAUUAGACCAUUCUUGAAUUGCUAUAAUGAAAUACUGGAGACUGGAUAAUUUAUAAAGAAAACAGGUUUAAUUGGCUCACAGUUCUGCAGGCUGCACAGGAAGCAUAGCAGCAUCUGCUUCUGGGGAGGCUGCAAAAAGAUUCCAGUCAUGGCAGGUGAAGGAGGAGCAGGCAUCUCACAUGGCGGGAGCAGGAGCAAGAGAGAGUGAGGGGGGAGGUGCUACACGUUUUUAAACAACCAGAUCUCGUGAGAACUCACUGUGAUAAGAACAGCACCAAGAGGUGGUGCGAAACCAUUCAACACAGACCUGUCCCCUGACCUCUAGAAUUCUGUGUCCUUUUGUCCUCUUGGCUGUCUGCUCAGCCAACUAACAGGUAUCUCCACCAAAAGUGACUGCCUGAACUCCCCAAGUACAUUCCCCUGCGCUCCUGCACAUCUCAGGUGAAGGUGACCCUAUACUUCCUGGCUUUAGUUUUACAUGUCAGCAUAUAUUUGAAAUAGAGAAAACAUGACAUUAAAAAGAAGUGCUUUAAUUCAUGUGAUAAAGAUAAGUUGUAUUUACUUAAAAAGGGUGAGGAAAUACAUAGUUUCUUAAAUUACUGUGAGCUGUGGGAGAAGAGUGUUUGAAUACCUCGUCUCUACCUAGUCUGCUCCCCAGAACCUCUCUGACCUCAUCUCCUCCCUGUGUCCUCCCUGCUCCCGCUGCUCCAGCCACACAGGCCUCUUUCCUGUUCCUUGGGCUGAGGUUGCUUCUGCCUUAGGGCCUCUGCCUGGGCUGUCUGGCCCCUCAGCUGCAGGUGCAAACAUCCUUCUUCUUGAGGUCUUUGUUCUGAUAUCACCUUCUCCAUUGGGACUUACUUGUGAGUCAUCCUCCUCUCACCAUUUAACACUCCAGCCACACCCUUGCCCCUACCCCUGGUGCAUAUUAUGUGUCUCUGUGUUUCUUUCUGGUCCAUUGUCUUCUACUGUCUACAAACUGGUAACAAUGAGGCCCCGAGGGGAGAGCAGAGCUGGGAGGAUGGGGCUGUGCUAGUCUUGCCCCCUUUAAGAUGUACUCAACCCUGGCUUCACAUUAGCAUGCUGAGGCAGUUAGCAAAUACAUGUUUUGUGCCCUUUUACCACAGAUUCCACUUACAAUAGUUAGCAUGGACUCAACCUUCAUAUUGUUUAAGAUACCGAAGUUGAUUCUAAUUUGUAUCCAGCAUUGAGCGUCAAACCUCUGUGUCUUCUGUUUCUGAGAGCUGAGCUCAGCCUGUGAUCCACAGGGAGAUUUGACUUUUAAAGAAUUAAUUGUAUUGACUGAGAGAGAAGCCCAAAAGAGGAAGAAGAAAGAAAAGGAGUCAAGAAUGGCUCUUCCUCAGGGAUCUUUGACAUUCAGGGAUGUGGCCAUAGAAUUCUCUCAGGAGGAGUGGAAAUGCCUGGACCCUAUUCAGAAAGCUUUAUACAGGGAUGUGAUGUUGGAGAACUACAGGAACCUGGGCUUCCUGGCAGGACUCUGUCUUCCUGACCUGAAUAUUAUCUCCAUGUUGGAGCAAGGGAAAGAGCCCUGGACUGUGGUGAGCCAAGUGAAAAUAGCAAGGAACCCAAAUUGGGGAGAAUGCAUGAAAGGCGUGAUCACAGGUAUCUCUCCUAAACGUGUGAUCAAGGAAUUACCACCAAUACAGAACAAUAACACAGGAGAAAAAUUCCAAACAGUGAUGUUGGAAGGACAUGAAAGCUAUGACAUUGAAAAUGUUUACUUCAGGGAAAUCCACAAAAAUCUACAGGACCUUGACUUUCAAUGGAAAGAUGGUGAAAUAAAUUGUAAAGAAGCACCGAUGACCCAUAAAAACAAUCUUACUGGUACAAGAGUUCGACAUAGUCAAGGGGAUGUAGAAAACAAGCAUGUUGAAAAUCAGCUUAUAUUAAGCUUUCAGUCCGGUCUGGCUGAAUUGCAGAAAUUUCAAACUGCAGGGAAAAUUUAUGAAUGUAAUCAAAUUGAGAAGACAGUUAAUAAUGGUUUUUUAGCUUCACCACUUCAAAGAAUUUUUCCUAGUGUCCAAACCAACAUUUCUAGGAAAUACAGGAAUGAUUUUUUGCAACUUUCGUUACCUACACAAGACAAGGAAACAUACAUUGGGGAAAAACCUUACAUAGGUAAUGAGUGUGGCAAAGUCUUUAGAGUGUCUCCAAGUCUUAUUAAUCAUCAGAUGAUACAUACAACAGAGAAACCUUACAGAUGCAAUGAGUCUGGCAAAGCCUUUAAUCGGGGCUCACUACUAACAAUACAUCAGAUAGUCCAUACAAGAGGGAAACCAUAUCAAUGUGAUGUAUGUGGCAAGAUCUUCAGACAAAAUUCAGAUCUUAUAAAUCACCGGAGAAGUCACACUGGAGACAAGCCCUACAUAUGUAAUGAAUGUGGCAAGUCGUUUAGUAAAAGUUCUCACCUUGCAGUUCAUCAGAGAAUUCAUACUGGAGAGAAACCUUACAAAUGUAAUCGAUGUGGGAAGUGCUUUAGUCAAAGUUCCUCUCUUGCAACUCAUCAGACAGUUCAUACUGGAGACAAACCCUACAAAUGUAAUGAGUGUGGCAAAACCUUUAAACGGAACUCAAGCCUCACUGCACAUCAGAUAAUCCAUGCAGGAAAGAAACCAUAUACAUGUGAUGUAUGUGGCAAGGUCUUUUAUCAAAAUUCACAACUUGUGAGGCACCAGAUAAUUCAUACUGGAGAGACACCUUACAAAUGUAAUGAAUGUGGCAAGGUCUUCUUUCAACGUUCACGUCUCGCAGGGCAUCGGAGAAUUCAUACUGGAGAGAAACCUUACAAAUGUAAUGAAUGUGGCAAGGUCUUCAGUCAACAUUCACAUCUUGCAGUGCAUCGGAGAGUUCAUACUGGAGAGAAACCUUACAAAUGUAAUGAAUGUGGCAAAGCCUUUAAUUGGGGCUCAUUACUCACUAUACAUCAGAGAAUUCAUACCGGAGAGAAACCUUACAAAUGUAAUGUGUGUGGCAAGGUCUUUAAUUAUGGUGGAUAUCUUUCAGUUCAUAUGAGAUGUCAUACUGGAGAGAAACCGCUCCAUUGUAAUAAAUGUGGCAUGGUCUUCACUUACUAUUCAUGCCUAGCACGUCAUCAGAGAAUGCAUACCGGAGAGAAACCUUACAAAUGUAAUGUGUGUGGCAAGGUCUUCAUUGACAGUGGAAACCUUUCAAUACAUAGGCGAAGUCAUACCGGAGAGAAACCUUUCCAGUGUAACGAAUGUGGCAAGGUUUUCAGUUACUACUCAUGCCUAGCACGUCAUCGGAAAAUUCAUACUGGAGAGAAACCUUACAAAUGUAAUGAUUGUGGCAAAGCCUAUACUCAGCGUUCAAGCCUCACUAAACAUCUGGUAAUUCAUACUGGAGGGAACCCUUACCACUGUAAUGAGUUUGGCAAGGCUUUUAUCCAAAGUUCAAAACUUGCAAAAUAUCACAGAAAUCCUACUGGGGAGAAACCACACAAAUGUAGUGAAUGUGGUAGAACUUUUAGUCAUAAAACAAGUCUGGUGUACCAUCAGAGAAGACAUACUGGAGAGAUGCCAUACAAAUGUAUUGAAUGUGGGAAAGUCUUUAAUUCCACUACAACCCUUGCAAGGCAUCGGAGAAUUCAUACUGGAGAGAAACCUUACAAAUGUAAUGAAUGUGGCAAGGUCUUCCGUUAUCGCUCAGGCCUCGCACGUCAUUGGAGUAUUCAUACUGGAGAGAAACCUUACAAAUGUAAUGAGUGUGGCAAAGCCUUUAGAGUACGUUCAAUUCUGCUUAAUCAUCAGAUGAUGCAUACUGGAGAGAAACCUUAUAAAUGUAAUGAAUGUGGUAAAGCUUUUAUCGAAAGGUCAAACUUGGUUUACCAUCAGAGAAACCAUACUGGAGAGAAGCCAUACAAAUGUAUUGAAUGUGGCAAGGCAUUUGGGCGGCGGUCUUGCCUCACUAAACACCAACGAAUUCAUUCUGGUGAAAAACCUUAUAAAUGUAAUGAGUGUGGCAAAUCUUACAUUAGUCGCUCAGGCCUUACUAAACAUCAGAUAAAACAUACUGGAGAGAACCUUACAACUAAACUCAGUGUGGAAAGGCCUUUAGACGUUGUCCUAACUUCUGGGAUCCCCAAAUAAUUUAUACUUAACUGA